CAGAAGCAUAGAAAAAUGUAAUCAGUUCGUUUCAACCAUGAAGAAACACCUCAGAAAUUCAACAUGUUUAACAUAAUGAAUCAACUAAAAAUAUCAAUAUGACAAUCCAUAGAAAUUAUCCAAUGUUUCCUAAUAAUUUCAUCCAUGAAAUAAAUACACGUCCCAUUGAAUAUUCAGGCAAGUAUCGGAAAACAUGUCACGUCGUAUAGAUUGUCGAAGAUAUUGGCACUGGAAACGGCAACAGGAGAGUAAAUCGGAAAAAGAGAAAAGGAAGGCGAAAAAACGAAAACGUAGGGAGUCUAUAACUGAUUGCAUCGAUGAUGUCGAGCAAAGUGAAGCUGCAGAAGUAGUAUUUAAGGUCGGGCACCCUAAGCACAAAAAGAAAAAGAAAACACCGUGGAUACCUGCCGUGCAACUGAUCAAACGGGUUCCACUGGCAGAUUUAGUGCUGAAAAGUAUUAAACCAUCGAUGGAAAUAAGGGACUACUUUCAUAAUCCACGUCAUACUGCUUGUCUACAACUCACUUCUUUGGACAUAGAUAUCGCACCGAAAAUUAUUGAAACUACAACAUCGUUGUACAGUCAGACGCAGAUGGUAGGUCAAAUUAAAGAUCGUAAAAAGUGUGGAUCCAGUGUGAGAAGAAAAACGGUAGAUGACGAAAAUGAGAAUCGUAGACAACUGAGGAAAAUAUCAUCACGUAAAGAUAUCGAGGAAUGGGAAUCUAAUGACGAAAGCGACUGCAUAAGUAUUUGCUCUUUAGACAGCGUAAUAUGUCUUCAAGGAACGAAAUUAACGUCAAAAGACAAGGAGGAAAUAAAGAAAUAUCAAAGUCAAGCGCAGGCAAACAGUGAUAAGGAAGAAGAAUAAUUGGAAAAGAAGCAUAAUGAAGAUAACAAUUGAUUAUGCUGCACAGAAAUUUGUAAAUGAUAAGGGUAAAUUGUUUUCCUACCAUUUUUACGACUGAUAAUAUUUUAUAAACACUGAAAGUUUACU